AUGGAGGAAGCCACGACGACAAACAACGACUGUCCGCGGCCCGUGACCACCACGGCUCCGCUGUCGCUGGGAGAAAAGCUGCUGGGCAGAGCCACCAAGAAAGGUGGUAUCUCAGUCAGCGUGCACGGUGUCGCAGUGAGUAUCACCAACCACACCAGGACGACCGGAAGCGCCUGGAAAUCCGACCCCAGGAUCAAUGUUGCAAAGGACAUCGGCAGUCAAAUCGACGACAUUGCAAGCCGCCAAGAGCAACAAAACCGCCCUGACACUAAACACCUCAAGGAUCCAUUUAAGGAGGCGACAGAGGAACGCACCAAGCAAUCGAGUGGAGUAUGGAGCUUGGGGAAGAACGCGCUAGUCGACGACAUUUUGGGUGAGAAGUUCCUCAUGCCAGGGAUGCAGGGCACGUACCCGCUGGGAUACCGGAAUUUCAUCGGCAAGGGCACUCUCAAAACGCCACCGCCACCACCAGAAACUCCGCCGCCGAAGGCAAUUGUCGAGCAAUAUGCAAUGGCAUGGUCGGUGCCGGAAGAUACGCAGAAGCAGGAAGAAAACCUGUCGAGGCAAAGUUCUGCAUGGGAGGAAACGGUUGCAAGGAAUCUGCUACUGGAUAAUCUUACAGAUGAUCCGGAAGAAGCUGAAUCCGGCUACGACACUGCCCUCGACAGGGUUCUCGCUGACUACUCACACAUGCAGCUACACAUGGAAUCGUUUACGAAUGAUGUAGCAAAGUCUGCGGGACUCAUAGCGGCGCAUAUUGGGAUCCAGAAGCGGCAAGAUGACAUGGGAGACCAAAUGGACCAAAGUUUAAGCCAACUUGACGAAUCGUUCAAUAGGCACAUUGCCGCGGAGCAGGCGGAUAUGAUGCUGGCUAGUCACGCUGUAGCCUCUUUGCAACAAAAUUUCGCGGAGGGCUUCGCAGUGACGGAAACGAGGGUGCAAGCUGGAACUCCUAAAGCACGCGGAGCCGCAAAUCGCCAGGAACGCGAGAUUAGGUCGAGGCAGGCGUCUACAUCAUCUGGGCCAUAUGGCGCCAACACUCCGGCCAACGGGGCCCAGGAGCAAUCUCUCCAUGCACCGCCAGGGAUGCUGCAUGAACCAUCGAUUGAUGUGCCUCCAGGUACACUGAACGACCCGUCAGUAGAUGCAAUGCGACAUGUAAACGCCAAAACACCUGGGGAAUCACGGGCAAACGCCAAAUCCAAAUCUUUGGAACGAGCGCAACGGAAGGCGAAAUCGAAGGCCGUGGAUAGGUCGCCAUCCGCAGUCAAAUCCAAGCCGUCCGAGGUUGAGCAGCCCGUGGUUAAAAGUGAUACGUCCAAACGAGGGCGGCAGAGGGGUAAGGCCAGGUCGGCAAACAGAACUCCACUUAGCCUAAAUUCGAGGUCUUUUGACCAUGAACAGCUGAUGGUUAGAAGCACUACACCCAAGGGAGCGUCGCAGGGAGGCAAAUCCAGGUCAGCCGAUAGAUCACCGCAGGGGGGACGAUCGAAACCUUUCGAGGGGCUGCGGCCAGUGAAAGCUGAACCAUCCGGGAAGUCGCAGUCAGGUGUGAAAGGGAAAUCAGCUGAAAAGGCGUCUCAAAAGGCGGGGCGAAGCACGCCGGAAAAGGCUCCAUCGAGUGAAAACCCCCGAUGUAUUGGAGGUACGCCCUCACGCACAAAGGGCCGGCCGGCUGCAGGAGCACACGAGGAUGCAUCGCCGCAAUCAAAAUCCAAGCGAGAUCAAGGCUUCCUGCCGAUUGCAAAACAGAUGUCACGCGAGAGAUCGCUGAGUGUAAAAUCAAAAGCUUCCGAGGCUGGGCAGUUCGCACUUAAAACUCAAUCAUCCAUGCCCGCUCCAACAACAGUAAACUCCAAAUCUUCCGAGAAACAACCAGCAGUUGUAAAACGCAAGUUGUCGGAGAAAACGAGAAGGGUUAUGUCCGAAUCACCUAACAAUGAGUCGUGUGUGUUUAAAACCAAGGCACCCGAGAGGAAGCCAGCGGUUCCGAAAGCUAAACCACAAAAGGGGGCACCAUCAAAGGAAGGAGCUAAACCCCAUGGAAAAGCGACGCCAGGUGUGCCUAGCGAACAGUCCGUAGAUGCAGCACCAGUUGCAAGCGCCGUAUCCUUGAAGGAAUCGCAGCCAGGUGCAAGGCCCAAAUCGACCGAGAAAGCAUCAAAGAAGGUGAAACAAAAGUCGGCGGAAAGAUCGCCCUCGGUGGCACAAUCGGGGUCAUUGGAAGAUCAGCAGCUCAUGGUGAAAAGCGGCACACCAAAGAGGGCGACGCAAGGAGCGAAAUCGAAGUCGGCUGAGAAGGCACUACCUGCGGCACAGCCCAAACAACAGGAAGCUGAACAGCCCGUUGUCAAAGACGAUGCACCAAAAAGAGCAUCACGGAAGGCCAAGCCCAAGGCAGGAGGCAGAUCACCAUCCGUGGUCAAUUCGGCGCCACUCCAGGAUGACACGCGGCCAGUUAAAGCCGGACCAUCCGAGAAAUCACAGCCAGAUGUGAAAGGCAAAUCAGCCGAGAAAACUGCGCAGAAAGCAGGGCAAAGCACACCAGAGAAAACGAAGGCAAAAGCAGCGUCAUCAAAGCGUAAGCCAAAAGCCGCUGUGGCUGAAGCACCGUUGGAUAACACAGCGCCGGCAAACGUGGAAUUGCAAGACAGCAAAAAGAAUGUUCGGAACACGGUACCACCGGCGCCUGCCCCGAGUGAGGCAGUGACUGUGAGUAGGACCAAAGCACCAUCCGAACAAGGUGUGAAAGAACGCAACAACCGCGCAACGGAGGAAUCACACACUAAAAAUGGAGGCGGAGAAAAGGUUGCUACAAAGAACGAGGAUGCAGGAGCUGCGGCAACAACCACACGUAACAUGAAAAGGAAAACUCGACACCGAAAACCAGCCUCAAAAGCCCAGCCUGGCGGAUCAGAACAGGUUCAGCAAUGA